AUGUGGAUGGUCCUCCGCCUGGGAACUGCUUGCCUGUAUGCAGGCGGAGCUUUGCUGCUUGCCCUUCUAGCCCGGCUUCUUUACGUGACUUUCUUUCGGAAGAAAGCCUACGAGCUGACAGGCCUCUGCUGCGCCGUCACGGGGGCAUCGGAUGGUCUUGGCGUGUACAUAGCAACCGCGCUGGCCGCAGAGAAGGUUAAGAAGCUGGUUCUCGGAGCUCGCAGAGAAGAGAAGCUGCAGGAGGUGAAGGCAGAUCUCAUGAAGCGUUUUCCAAGUUUGGAGGUUCUCACUGUCAAGCUGGAUGUAACAGACAGCAACAGCCGCAGUGAGUUCCUCCGCAGGGCGAUGGCGUUUGGACCCUGCCAGGUCCUGAUCAACAACGCCGGUGUUGACAGGAAUGCCUUCUUCGACGCGAUGUCAGACACUGACAUGGAUGCCAUGCUACAGACAAAUCUUGUUGGCACCAUCCACCUGACGAAGAUUUUCCUGCAAGAGAUGAUGAAGGGCCAGCGCGGCCACGUGGUCAACAUCUCUUCCAUCUCUGCCAAGUUCGCGGUUCCUUUCGGCAGCAUCUACGGCGCAUCAAAGGCUGCUUUAUCUUCGCUUACUGCUUCGCUUCGACUCGAGAUGAUCCUCGAGAAGAGACCCGUUACUUUCCACUGUGUCUCUCCGGGAUUGGUCGUCGAUGCCGGCAUGGCCGCAAAGACGUCGGACAAACUUGGAGUGUCCGUCAGACGAGCAGGUGGUUUUGUUGGAUGGACUACACCGGAGAAAGUUGCCAAUGCUGUCGUCCGGGCAAUUCAGUAUGACGAAGCAGACAUUGUGGUCAACUCGGUGCCUGUGCAGGUUGCGUGGGCCGUCGCUGCGUUCUUCCCCAAAGUCUGGGAGAUCUCAAUCCCGUUCAUGUCUGCCCUGGGCUUGGACGGCGUGGUUAAGCACUUCCGAAAUGAUGCAGGCGGCAUUCCGGAUCAGAGGCCGCUGAGUUCUGCACUGUACAGGCGCAAGCCUUUCGCAUACAAUUCGCAAGACAACUCAAAGAUUAUCGAGCUGGCCUUCCUGCCUGCGUCAGCAAAAAGUCCUGACUUACAGGAGGCCGUGGUGAGCACCGUGCACGACAUUCUGGCUUGCCAUGUGCCAGAAGAAUCCCCAGACGCAGCGAAGCAUGGCUUCGUGCAAGCUGGUCGGAUAAUCUUGAAGGCUCUCCUGGAUCCACUGGCUCUGGGCAUGGGCUGGGAUGCAGCAGUCAAGCGACGGUGCGUGAUGACACUUGCCGCUAUCACAAAAGAACUGCUGCAGCGGGCCAAGCACUGCCAGCCACAAGAGGUUGAUGGUGAUUCGCUUGAGGCCGGUCCAGAUCCCGAAGUGCAGGCGUUGUUGGAAACCUACGCCCGCCUUCUCGUGCACAGCCUUGAGGUCUCGUCUGAGCUACAUGAAGGGCUUCUUCAGUGCCUCGUUCAGCUAGCAACCGACGAGGCAGGGAGAGCCGGGCUCCUUCCCCGGGCCCGAGAACUGGCGGAACUGUGUGCGUCCCACCUUUUGCAGACUCCGUCAGCGCAGCCACUCUAUGUUCGGCAGGCUAAGGCCGAGUUGGCAUCCUCGGAAUCACCACAGCGGACCCAUCGAGCCAGGGAAUUGACACGCGAACUCGCAAUGGUCUGCUGCCUGCUCUUGCAGCGAUUAGCACAAGAGCUGUUGGUUGAGGCAGGCGCAGCACAGGGUGAGGAGGGCGCGAAGGAGGCAUCAGAGGAGCCGUCACUGGAGCCCCUUCGAGAACAGGUUCUCACAUCCUUGCACCGUGAUAAUCUGAAUCUUCAUCGCCUCACCCGUGGACACGAGCCACUGCGGCGAGCCAUCGCCGCGGCUCGCCAGGCAUGGGAAGCGGAAGUGGGAGCCGAGGUAGCGCGGCAGCCGCCAAAGCCUCGUCAUCGGGGCAUGAAGUCUGCCUUGGCUAUGAGAGAACUGCUGGAGGAGCAAGAGCAGAAAAGCAGGCCCGGACGAUCGCAACCCAGCAAACCUGCCAAAGAUGCAGAUGGGGCUGUGCGAAAGGAUGCGCAGGCGCCAGCGGCACUGCUGGAGCCGCUGGAGCCGCCAGAGAGGCCGGAGCCAGGGCGGCCAGGGCGGGCAGGGGGCACUGCCUCGGUCGCCAGCGAUGGCGCGUGCAGCACAGGUGUGGCAGAUGGUGUAGCAGCCGGGGAAGAACAGGACUACGACGCAGCAUCGUACGGCAGUCAUGUCAGCGAGGUCAUGGACAUGUCCAACCGACCUAGAGAGUGUGCCUGGGUUUGUGGAGACCAGAGCUUGCAUCACCAGCGUGCAGGCCUCGAGCUGGACCUGGUUGCGACAACACGCUAUGCCGAUGUUGAGAGCCAGCUUCAGGGCGUUAGCGCGCAGCAGGUGCGGCUGGGCUUUGUGCGAAAAGUGUAUGGCAUCGUCUGCGCUCAGGUGAUGUUCACUGCGAUGUUCGGAGCUCUUUGCUGCUGGGGGCCACUGAAUGCUCCCAUCCUGCGUCUGGCGACGAGCAGUCCUCGCCUCCUGCAGUGGGGAACGCUUAUUGCCAGCUUGGUCGCAUUGGCGAUGUGCCAACUGGGAAAGGACCGCUAUCCUAUCAACAUGCUGGGCCUGUGCUUCCUCACGGCAGUCAUGUCGCUGGAUGUCGGGGUUGUCUGUGCGAUGGUGGCGGCCAUCGGACUAGGCGAGCUGGUGGUGCAGGCGGCGGUGAUUACUUCCUUGCUGACACUGGGCUUGACCUUGUACACCUUCAAGUCGAAGCGAGACUUCUCCUUUCUGGGAGCUGCUCUCUGGCCUUUGCUGUUUGGACUCGUCGUCUUCAGCCUCCUUAGUGUGUUCUUUCCAUCGCUGCAGAUGGGAUGGACAGGCCUGCUCUUCUCCUUUGCAGGCGCUGGCAUCUUCUGUGCCUUCAUCGUGUUUGACACGUGGCGAAUCCUCAACCAGAUGAACUGCGACGAUUACGUCCAAGAUAUAGCCUCAGCAGCUGCGUUGAGUCACUGCAGAGGUUACAACUACAACUUCGUCUUUAUUGCGCAGACUGCGGCAGCGAAGCUGCAGGCCGACGAUGCAUCCCUCACAGCUGGAGGAGGAUGUGAGGCUGCAAAAUCGAUCACCGUCGAUCACGUCAACAUCCUGGCACUUCGAGGCUGCUCCGGCGCCGACCUGCGAUGCGAGCGCACCCAGAUGCGGUGCGAAGAGUGGAUAUUCAGACGACGGCUGCUGGACCUGUCCCCAGGUGCACUGCUGCUAGGGGUGAAAAUGCAGGUUCCUGAUUUGUGUCACCUCACCCGUCAGAUCUUUGAGAUAAGUCCUCGCUAUCAGGAUGCCGCAGCGGUCGGGGGAACUGUCCUCAGUACUCAGUGCGGUCGUGCAGUGUUGCGCGUUCCCAGCCCCAACCUUCGAGCUUCUUCCGAGGCUGGGCGCAUGUCUCCACCGAAAGCGAAAUCAAAAGAUCCGCCCAGAGAAGCCAAAAGCGAUGCACCAGCCAAGACGGCCAAAGACGCCGCCACAGAGGUGAGCGACCCAGGUUGCAGAUCUGUGCUGUUCGGCUGUUUGGCUUUGGACCCCAUGUCGCUGCGUUUUCACACCAAGGUGACUCCAGAUGCUUUGAUGGCAGAGUCAGACUGCCCGCUGCUGGCGGGCGUUUUCGAUUACUUGGCCGCUGGCCGUGUGGAGCUGGCCAUGCAGUGCAUCUUCAGCUUGGGAAAUGAACAGACGCUCCGUGCAGUUCUGCAGCGGCUGGACUCGGAUGCGGUGUGGCCAGAGCUUCCCAAGCCGGAGGCACAACAUUUGGCACGGCUGCUGGUCGCGCUGGUGUGCCGCGACCCCUUUAGCUCUGCAGCAAGUGAGGCCUGCCCAUGGCUUGAAGCCUUACUCCGCAGGCCGCAUGGUGAGAACCUGCUCCCGGCAGAGGAGCUCCUCUCACUGCAAGGUGCACUCUUCAGCGCCUCUGCAGCGACGACCUUGGCCUCUGCAUGCGAAACAAGGCGUCUGUCUGAUGUGUGUGCUGCGCGUGUGUCUCCCAGCUUGAGCGUCAGCAUCACGGAUGUUCGUGGCGAGGGGCUCGGUGCAGGGACCAGGGAGACUGUCACGCUGCCAGCAUCGAGCUACGAGGCCAGUUACACUGCCACAGUCUUGUCCGUGAGCAGUGCGAAGGGAGCGGGGGUGGAAAGGUGCUUGUGGAUUGGGAAUGGCGGUGGGCGAGAAGAUCUUCGGUUCGUAGAGGAUGGCGGAUUCGACGGGGCGUACACCUACUUUGCUGCCGAGGGCUUCACACCAGGAUCUAACACAAAAAGCUGGAAAGACACUGCAGCGAGACUCCAGAAGCUUGGUAAGCUUUUUGUGCCGUCAGUUGGUCCCGGGUACGAUGACACGCGGGUCAGACCCUGGAAUUCGCACAACAUUCGAGAAAGGAAGGGCGGGGAGUACUACAGCCGCAUGUGGUCCGCGGCAGUGGGCAGUCGGCCCCACGCUGUAUCAGUCACUUCCUACAAUGAGUGGGGCGAGGGCACGCAGAUCGAGCCGGCGAAGCGCCAUCGAUCCUGGAAAGGAGCAAAGUACGGCAGCUACGAGCCGAAGCCGAGAACCUUCUACUUGACGGAGACCAAGCGAUGGUCAGACCAGUUCAAGGAAGAUCAAUGCCGCGAGGAGAAGACAGAGCUUUAG